AUGUGUACCCGUCCAACCUGCUGGUUCCUGUUUUGGCUGAGUUCGUUGUCGUCAGUGGUCGGACUGGGCCGGUCGGGCCGGCUAGUCCAUGGCGUGGGUUAUAAUGCGAUGUUCUUCAUGGCCCGGCAAGGAGAAAGCGACAGCUCUCCUGUGUGUAGUUGCAAGGCACGAAUAGUACGAUAUACUUACUAG